UCCGGUUGGGGAAGAUGGCGAUGGCUGGGGCGGCAUCCCGGGAGCCCCUGCUUAGCUGGUGCACCGAAGAGUUGCGGAAAACUUUCAGCCUGGAUGUCAGCGAGGAGAUUAUGCAGUAUGUUUUGUCAAUUGAGAGUGCUGAAGAGAUACGAGAAUAUGUCACUGACCUCCUCCAGGGAAAUGAGGGCAAAAAAGGUCAAUUCAUCGAAGAGCUUAUAAUCAGAUGGCAAAAUAAUGAUCAGGAGUCUAUUUCUGAUCCUUUGCAGCAAUACUUCAAAAAGGAUGAAAUUUUAGAUGGGCAGAGAUCAGGAGACCAAAUAAAGAAAAGUAGACGGAAAGGGAGAAACAGACAGGAAGUCCCUUCUUCAUUUGCUGAACCUGACACAGCCGUAGAGGUUAAAACACCUUUUGAUUUGGCCAAGGCACAAGAGAACAGUAGUUCCUUAAAGAAGAAGACGAAGUUUGUCAAUUUAUACACAAGAGAGGGACAGGACAGGCUUGCGGUCCUGCUCCCUGGUCGCCACCCUUGUGAUUGCCUGGGCCAGAAGCACAAGCUCAUCAAUAACUGUCUGAUCUGUGGGCGUAUUGUCUGUGAACAAGAGGGCUCUGGCCCUUGCUUAUUCUGUGGCUCUCUGGUAUGCACUCGUGAAGAGCAGGAUAUUUUACAGCGUGACUCAAACAAGAGCCAGAAACUGCUGAAGAAGCUCAUGUCAGGGACGGAGAAUUCUGGAAAGGUGGAUAUCUCCCCCAGGGACCUUCUUCCUCAUCAGAAGUCUCGAAUUAAGUCUGGCCUAGAGAAGGCUGUCAAGCAUAAAGACAAACUGUUAGAGUUUGACAAAACUAGUGUUCGAAGGACCCAAGUCAUUGACGAUGAGUCAGAUUACUUUGCCAGUGAUUCUAACCAGUGGUUGUCAAAAAUUGAGCGGGAAACCCUGCAGAAACGACAGGAGGAGCUGAGAGAACUUCGACAUGCCUCUCGGCUCUCUAAGAAGAUCACUAUCGACUUUGCAGGCAGGAAGAUCCUAGAAGAAGAAAAUCCACUAGCAGAAUAUCACAGCAAACUAGAUGAGACAAUACAGGCCAUUGCCAAUGGAACCUUCAACCAGCCACUGACCAAAUCGGGUAGAUCUUCUGCAGAACCUUUGGGAAUUCUGGUGAAUCCCAAUAUGGACCAGCCCCCUCCCCAGUGGGUAGACCAGACAGGUGCAGCCUCACAGAAGAGGUCUCUGCAUUUAGCAGGAUCAGAACUAGAGCUCAGUUCACACCAGCACCGGAUGCGAAUCCAGGACCGGGAGUUUCAGGAAGGCUUUGAUGGUGGCUGGUGCCUCUCUAUGCAUCAGCCUUGGGCUUCUCUGCUUGUCAGAGGGAUUAAAAGGGUGGAGGGGAGAACCUGGUACACCCCUCACAGAGGACGACUUUGGAUAGCAGCCACAGCCAAAAAACCCUCCCCUCAAGAAGUCUCAGAACUCCAGGCUACAUAUCGUCUUCUUCGUGGGAAAGAUUUGGAAUUUCCCUGUGACUAUCCAUCAGGUUGUCUUCUCGGCUGUGUGGACCUAACUGACUGCUUGUCCCAGAAGCAAUUUAAGGAGCAGGGAAGCUGGAUUCCAAGAUCCAUCAAGGAGCAAAGAAGGGGUUAAUGAAGCAGAAUAAAGCCAUUUGACCCAGGAGAAAAGAAACUGUACAGCACAGUGGAAUUUUGUGUACUGAAGUGCUGUCCGUUGGUCCUUUGGAACCGAAGCAGUAGGAAUCUAAAGGCUUGGCAAUCAGCCUUGACUCUCUCACAAUUUAAACUCUUAACCAAAAUCUGUAUAUUUUUCUUAAAGAGUAGAUUCUUACCUUCUGUAGUGGGUCAAACUCUGUGAAUAUAUUCUUUAUAAAAACCAAUUUUAAAAAGUCUAAAUCUUCAACGUUUUCUCAGAAUGGUAUUAGAGAAGAGAAAAGAAGAAGCUGGAAAUUUCCUCCCUGAGGCUUGAAUUUGUAGUUAGGAAAACUCUUGCUUGGAUUUUAAAGUUUCUUUUCAAAGUGAUAGCCCCGUCGAGGAGUAGGAGGUUUUAGGAAUCCUGUGUACAUACAAACCUGUAAUGGGACAAAAAAGGUUUUUAACAAGUUUUCUGCCCCAGUCCAGCUUCUCUGAAGUGAACAGUCUUCAAAAGCUGAGUUACCUUCCUUGGCAGAUUUUUUUUUUUUUGAGGGAUAACUUGAAGAAGUGCUGCUGCUUUGUUCUUUGGUUUGAGAAGCUAGGACAUGAGAGGAUGGAACUGGAAGGAGACAGAGCCACCUUCUGAAGAGCACAAAGCUGCCGUAUUUGUUUUGUUGGUAUUGCAAAAGCAUCACUUGGGAAGGGCAAUUAGAAACAAACUGAAAAAUAAAAUCUCUUCAGUAAAUGCAUCCAAAUACCCCCAAACCCUGAAAGCAGGCCUUUUAAACCACCCACACCCCAGGAAGCUGUGAGCUUUGGGAAUACAGGAGGGUGGUUGGAAAUGAGAUUUUUACUAGUCAGUCUGGCCCCACUUAGUGAAGCGCUUUGUUUCUGAGGCUGUUCUGAAGAGCUGUCAGAAUCUCAGUUGCUGGCACCUUGAGGAAAUUCAUGGCCUUAAAUGUGUAUGUUCUGCUUCUUACAAAGCAGCACCAUCACGCUGGGGAAGUUGGAUUCCCUCCAGCAGUUGUGUGCAUGACUUUAAAAAGAGAGAGAGAGGGAGAGAAAAAAAGUGCCCUAUGUUAUGAAAAAGAUUAAUUUCCCCUUUCUUUAAUCCUUCAUAUUCAGCGUUGAUUUGCAUUGAAAUGCCUCCACUCAUUAUGCAUUGAUGUUCACUCGGCUGUGAACCCUGCUUGUUGCAUAGCUCUAGGCGUGGGCUCUGCGGGGCCUGAUCACUGCGUUCCCAGGGAAGAGCCACCCCAGUCUUGUUCUGGUGAUGCCAACGUGCAGUGGUCUCUUUUUUUCCCUGUUCAAUCUAUGUGGAGAGAGUGGAAAGUACAGCUAAUGACACUCUUUAAGGGAGAAAAAAGUCUCUUUCUGGCUUCCUGCAGACCCUAGUAGUAUUAAUAAAGUCACACUGGCUUCACUAAGCAGUUAAUAGUUUACCAGGCAAUAGCACCCUGAAUUCUAUACUGGAAUUGCCUGGUCCUCUUAAUACCAAAAGUAGCCCUGGUGGCACAGUGGGUAAGAGUUCGGCUGCUAACCAAAAUGCUGGCUGUUUGAAUCCACCCAGAUGCUCCAAGGGAGAAAGAUUUGGCAGUCUGCCUCUC